UUUCUCUUAGGAGAUAGCCGGGCAAAAAAGCACCAGUUUCUCUUAGGAGAUAGCCGGGCAAAAAAGCACCAGUUUCUCUUCGGAGAUAGCUGGGCGAUCUUCACUCCAAACAAUGCAACAAGUAAACUCCAAUGGUCUCGUCUACAUGCCAAUUAUAUGUUGGCCAAGUUCUUGUCAAAUGAGAAGACGUACAGCAGAUGUUUCAUUGGUUGGAUGCAAUGAUUUGUUUGUUUUGAAUGCUUUGAGAGAGCUUAUGGAGGAAUCAAAUUUGCCCGUCAAACGAGAACCUCAACAAGAGAAUAAUGAACAUGAUGAAGUUAGAGAUGCAGGGCCUGCUGUGGCUGAUACAACUAAUUCGUCUCCUACCGCUGUUCUUCGAAACAAAUUGGACAUGUUAAGGCAAGAAGAAGGUGCUCUCCUUUCGUUGUUGUCACGACUCCGUUUGCAUCAACGUACUUUGCAAUUGGAACAAAACAAACUGAAUGAGAAUUAUGAAAAUAAAAGGAAAGGGACAACAGUGAAUCGUAGAAUUUUAAAGUAUUUGUUUAGUUUUUGUUUCUAUUGUCUUUAA